AUGCGAGUGAUAGUCGAAGACAAAAAGGUACCACCCGACAAAAUCGCGACCAAACACCAUGCGAAGUUGACCGCUCCGGAGGGAAUCCUCAUACGAAAGUCCACAAUACCAGGCGCCGGACUGGGAACAUUCACCACAAAGUUUAUCCCCGAUGGCGUAACUUUCGGCCCCUAUGGGGGCGAAGUGACAUGGGACAGGGGCGACACCCCUAUUGGAGAUCGCGCAUACCUGUAUGCCUGGGAGAUCGAAAACGCCAACGGAACCGCACAUUACGUGAACGCGGUAAAUCCUGCAAAUUCGAAUUGGCUGCGGUACGUCAAUUGCGCCAGAAUUGAAGAGGAACAAAAUAUGAAGGCAUAUCAAGAACGAUCUCAGAUCUAUUACGAAACGAUCAAAGCUAUUUACCCAGGAGAAGAGCUUCUUGUCUAUUAUGGGGAUGCUUACGCUAAAACGUUAGGCUUCAAGAUAGAACAGAGGGAGCCACCAGAAAAGUCUCUGAUCUCAUUCGAUAAUGUAUACGAGGUAUCGGUAGAAACUGGUGACCAAUCAGACGCUGGGACUAACGCCACAGUCUACGUCACGGCUGAGGGAGAACACGACAUGGUCAGCUACGCUCUUAGGGACGAGGAUGGGAAACAAUUUGAGAGAGGUGAAACGGAUACCUUCGAAGUCACAAUUUUUAAGAAUGUUGGUGGACUACGGCGUAUAAGGGUCGGCCAUGACAACACUGGUGCCGAUGGAGGUUGGUUUCUCGUAAAGCUUACCAUGACAGGAAGCAUCACCGGACGAGAGUUUAUAUUCAACUGUAACUGUUGGCUUGAUCCGAGUAAUGGAACCGCGUGGUACCAGUAUAUUGAUGCAGAGGAGAUGUCCUGAUCACCAUAUUUCCGACGUCGUUGUGCGUAUCCAUCCUAAACCGCCGAUACCCCAUGAUCGGUCGUCAGAACGGCUGUGUCACUCUCAGGAGCAGCGAAAAAGGCAUAGGCCUACUGUAUGAAACGAAUACUCAAAACUU